AUGCCACCCUCGGGCCUCGCGAUCUUGCUGGGCGCCGGUCCCACCACCGGAGCGGGCAUCGCCCGCGUGCUGGCCCGUCCCUCCCAAGGAAAUCUCGCCGUCGCGCUCCUCUCACGCAGCGGCGACACGGCCCUCGCGGACCGCCUCUCCCGGGAGUCCGGGGGCGGUGUGCUCAAGGCGUUCAAAUCCGACACCGCGGAGACCCGCCUGACCGACGCCUUCAGCGAGGUCCGAAAAUGGGCGGCGUCCUUCGACGACGGGGAUUCCAAGCUGAAACUCAAACUCGCCAUCUGGAGCAUCAAGCAUAGUCACAAGACGGCGUUCGAGGAGGAGACCUCGUCCCGCUUUGGCGAUUCGUUGCAAGUCUACGUCACGGGCGCGAUGGUGUUCAGCCAGCUCGCCUUGAAGUGGUUUUUGGAGCAGUACCCCCACGACAGUGCCGGGAACCCUGGAAGCGGCGAGGAGGAAAUGGUCAAGAAAGGGACUUUGAUCUUCACGGGCACGUUGGGCGCGUUGAGGACCAACGCCGGGUACGCGGCCUACGGCGCGGGUAGGGCGGGAGUCAGGAUGUUGGCGCAGAGUCUGGCGAGGGAGUACUCGGCCAGGGGGGUGCAUGUUGUGCAUGCGAUUGCGAAUGGUGGGAUUGUGGAUGCUGACACCUCUUCUGCGGCGGGUGAUGAUGAUGCGGAGACGAAGGAGAAAAAGGGUAAAAUCUUGCUAGGAGAGAGGAUACGGGCGGAGAGUGUGGGAAGGUUGUAUCUGGAUUGUAUGCGGCAGAGCUGUGACUUGUGGGUUCAUGAGUUGGAUAUGAGGCCUGCGAGGGAGAAGUUCUGA